AUGUCUCAAGCUUUCGUUCAACGCCCUGCUCCCGAGUUCUCGGCUACUACCCUCUUCCCUGGAGGCGAGUUCCGUGACAUCAAGCUCUCUGACUUUAAGGGUCAAUGGGUCGUCCUUCUCUUCUACCCCAUGGACUUCACCUUUGUCUGCCCUACCGAAAUCAUCCAGUACAACAACGCCCUCGACCGCUUCAAGGAGAUCAACACCACCGUCCUCGGCGUCUCCACCGACUCCCACUUCACCCACCUCGCCUGGGUCGAGAAGCCCCGCAAGCAGGGCGGUCUCGGUCCCGACCUGGAGCUCCCCCUCAUCGCCGACAAGUCCACCAAGAUCUCCCGCAACUACGGCGUCCUGAUCGAGGACGAGGGCAUCGCUCUCCGCGGUCUCUUCAUCAUUGACCCCAAGGGUGUUCUCCGCCAGAUCACCGUCAACGACCUCCCCGUCGGCCGCGACGUCGAGGAGACCAUCCGUCUCGUCAAGGCUUUCCAGUUCACCGACGAGUACGGCGAGGUUUGCCCUGCUGGGUGGCAGGAGGGUGGCAAGACCAUGAAGGCUGAUCCCAAGGGCAGCUUGGAGUACUUUUCUGCUGAGGGUGAGUCUGAGUCUCGCAAGCGACCCAGGACUGAUUAG